AGUCGAGCAAUAAAUAAAAGUAUAAACACCAUAAUAACUAAUAAACAACGUAAGAAGGUUAAUAAACAGUACUGUAUUUACUAUAACCGUUUUGGGAAAUGUAAUCGUGGUACCUUAUGCCAAUAUUUGCAUGAUCCUGACAAAAUAGCAGUAUGUACUAGAUUUUUACGAGGAACAUGUAAAGUUAAGGAUUGUUUAUUUUCACAUCAAGUAUCAGAAGACAAGAUGCCCGUCUGUUCUUACUUUCUAAAAGGAAGAUGUGAUAAAGAUGAUUGUCCCUAUUUACAUGUGAAAGUCAGUCAAAAUGCAGCAAUUUGUUUAGCUUUUAUUAAUGGAUACUGUCCUAAUGGUAAAGAGUGCAAGAAACUUCAUACAAGAAUAUGUCCAGAAUUUUCUCAAACUGGUAAAUGCAAGUCUGGUAGAAGUUGUCAAUUGGAACAUAAAAGAAAGAAAAUGAUAAGAAGAAAGAGAUCUAGUUCAAGGUAA